CUUGCUCAAAGGGCCUUAUUUAGGUUGCGCAGGCGCCCGCUGGCCAUUUCUUCUCAGCCGCGCCGGAGCCUUGCGUUUAGUCCGUUUCGACGACAGGACCUUUGGAGAGACGAUGAUGUUGGGCACCGAAGGCGGAGAGGGAUUCGUGGUGAAGGUCCGGGGCUUGCCCUGGUCUUGCUCGGCGGAUGAAGUGCAGCGUUUUUUUUCUGACUGCAAAAUUCAAAAUGGGGCUCAAGGUAUUCGUUUCAUCUACACGAGAGAAGGCAGACCGAGUGGCGAGGCUUUUGUUGAACUCGAAUCAGAAGAUGAAGUCAAAUUGGCCCUGAAAAAAGACAGAGAAACUAUGGGACACAGAUAUGUUGAAGUAUUCAAGUCAAACAACGUUGAAAUGGAUUGGGUGUUGAAGCAUACUGGUCCAAAUAGUCCUGACACGGCCAAUGAUGGCUUUGUACGGCUUAGAGGACUCCCCUUUGGAUGUAGCAAGGAAGAAAUUGUUCAGUUCUUCUCAGGGUUGGAAAUCGUGCCAAAUGGGAUAACAUUGCCGGUGGACUUCCAGGGGAGGAGUACGGGGGAGGCCUUCGUGCAGUUUGCUUCACAGGAAAUAGCUGAAAAGGCUCUAAAGAAACACAAGGAAAGAAUAGGGCACAGGUAUAUCGAAAUCUUUAAGAGCAGUCGGGCUGAAGUUAGAACUCACUAUGAUCCACCACGAAAGCUUAUGGCCAUGCAGCGGCCAGGUCCCUAUGACAGACCUGGGGCUGGCAGAGGGUAUAACAGCAUUGGCAGAGGAGCUGGCUUUGAGAGGAUGAGGCGUGGUGCUUAUGGUGGAGGCUAUGGAGGCUACGAUGAUUAUAAUGGCUAUAAUGAUGGCUAUGGAUUUGGGUCAGAUAGAUUUGGAAGAGACCUUAAUUAUUGUUUUUCAGGAAUGUCUGAUCACAGAUAUGGGGAUGGUGGCUCUACUUUCCAGAGCACAACGGGGCACUGUGUGCACAUGCGUGGAUUACCUUACAGAGCUACUGAGAAUGACAUUUAUAAUUUCUUUUCACCACUCAACCCUGUGCGAGUACACAUUGAAAUUGGUCCUGAUGGCAGAGUAACUGGUGAAGCAGAUGUUGAGUUUGCAACUCACGAAGAUGCCGUGGCAGCUAUGUCAAAAGACAAAGCAAAUAUGCAACACAGAUAUGUAGAACUCUUCUUGAAUUCUACAGCAGGAGCAAGCGGUGGUGCUUACGAACACAGAUAUGUAGAACUCUUCUUGAAUUCUACAGCAGGAGCAAGCGGUGGUGCUUAUGGUAGCCAAAUGAUGGGAGGCAUGGGCUUGUCAAACCAGUCCAGUUAUGGUGGCCCAGCCAGCCAGCAGCUGAGUGGUGGUUAUGGAGGCGGCUAUGGUGGCCAGAGCAGCAUGAGUGGAUAUGGUAGCCAAGGAGCAAUGAACAGCAGCUACUACAGUAGUGGAAGCCGUGCAUCUAUGGGCGUGAACGGAAUGGGAGGGAUGUCUAGCAUGUCCAGUAUGAGUGGUGGAUGGGGAAUGUAAUUGAUCCUGAUCACUGACUCUUGGUCAACUUUUUUUAAGAAAAACAAAACCAGUUUAACAGUUUUUUGCAAUACAAGCUUGUGAUUUAUGCUUACUCUAUAAGUGGAAAUCAGGAUUGUUUUAAAGACUUAAGGUUGGGUAUUUUUGAACACUCAUCUAGGAUGUAACAGCAAAGUUGAGUAAAGUAUAACUGUUAAACAAGUUCCAGCUUUUCUCAAGUUAGUUAUAUAUUGUAGGAUGUACUUAAGCAGUAAGUGUAUUUAGGUUAAAGCAGUUGAAUUACGUUAAAUGUUGCUAUUAUACCACAUGAUAUUGAACCUUGUUUGGAUGCAUGUUGAAAGACAUGCUUUUUUGUAAAACUCAAUAUAGGAGCUGUGUCUACAAUUAAAGUGAAACAUUUUGGCAUGUUUGUUAAUUCUAGUUUCAUUUAAUAACCUGUAAGGCACGUAAGUUUAAGCUUUUUUUUUUUUUAAGUUAAUGGGGAAAUUUGAGACGCAAUACCAAUACUUUAGGAUUUUGGUCUUGGUGUUUGUUACGAAAUUCUGAGGCCUUGAUUUAAAUCUUUCAUUGUAUUGUGAUUUCCUUUUAGGUAUAUUGCGCUAAGUGAAACUUGUCAAAUAAAUCUUCCUUUUAAAAACUGCA